AUGGACAUCGGUGGCCUGACCACGGUGGUGGCCAACUCGGCAUACAUCUCGGCCCGUGGCAGUUUCGACGGCACGGCCAACCCGGCGGCCAACCGAGACAAGAAGUACCAUGCCAAACUCAAGCUGCCCCACAUCACGGUGUGCGAAGGUCUGAGAGAAACUCUGGAUCUGCAGUUCAAGAGCAUCUGCGUGGAGCAACCCAUCGGCAAGAGACUCUUUCAAGAGUUUCUGGAAACCACCAACGAGUAUAAGGGCCCUUGUCGCCUUUGGAAGGACGUUGAGGCGUACGACACCGCCGAGGAUAAAGACCGAGCUCAGAAAGCUGCCAAAAUCCUCCAGCGCUACAUGGAGCCUUCGGCCAAGCACUUCUGCCCCUUUUUACCCGAGAACGACAUCACCAAGGUGAAGGAGCGGCACGAGGAGGCGGCGGACGACCUGUUUGUGCAGAUCCUGCUCAGUGUUUUCGACUUCCUCAAAGAGGUUCCCUUCACCUUCUAUCUAGAGACCAUGUAUUUUAAGCGGUUCCUCCAGUGGAAGUGGCUGGAGAUGCAGCCCGUAGGCGAGGACUGGUUCCUGGACUUCCGUGUUCUGGGUAAGGGUGGAUUCGGAGAAGUGUCCGCCUGUCAGAUGAGGGCCACGGGGAAGCUGUACGCCUGCAAGAAGCUCAACAAGAAGAGGCUGAAGAAAAGGAAAGGCUAUGAGGGCGCCAUGGUGGAGAAACGGAUCCUGGCUCGAGUUCACAGUAGAUUCAUCGUGACGCUGGCUUACGCCUUCCAGACCAAAACAGAGCUGUGUCUGGUGAUGACCAUCAUGAACGGAGGAGACCUGAGGUACCACAUCUAUAACGUGGAUGAGAAUAACCCAGGGUUUUCUGAAGCCAGAGCGUGUUAUUAUGCUGCUCAGAUCAUUCAAGGCCUGGAGCAUCUUCACCAGAAGAGAAUCAUCUACAGAGACCUGAAACCAGAAAACGUUCUGCUAGAUAAUGAAGGUCAUGUCCGUAUCUCUGACCUCGGGCUGGCUUUGGAGCUCGCAGAUGACCAGCUCAAAACCAAAGGAUACGCUGGAACUCCAGGGUUCAUGGCCCCGGAGCUGCUCAAGGGUGAAGAAUAUGAUUACUCAGUAGAUUACUUCACUCUCGGGGUCACGCUGUACGAGUUCAUCGCUGCUAAAGGACCCUUCAGGACUCGAGGAGAGAAGGUGGAGAAUAAAGAGGUGAAGAAACGGAUCCUGAACGACCCGGUGACCUACCCAGAGACCUUCAGUGAGAAGGCCAAGUCCAUCUGUGAGGGUCUGCUGGCUAAAGAAGUGGACAAGAGACUGGGCUUCAAGAACGGCUCGUGUGACGAGCUGCGAGCGCAUCCCUUCUUCAGCGAAAUCAACUGGAGGAAACUCGACGCCGGGAUUCUGCCUCCUCCGUUCGUUCCCGACUCAAAGACGGUCUACGCCAAGAACCUGGACGACGUGGGCGCGUUCUCCACGGUGAAGGGCGUCUGUCUGGAGGACGACGACAAGACGUUCUUCGAUGAGUUCGCGUCAGGAAACAUCUCCAUCCCCUGGCAGGAGGAGAUGAUCGAGACGGGCAUCUACGGAGAGCUGAACGUGUGGGGCCCGAACGGCACGGUGCCCAACGACCUGCGCCGAGAGUCCAUCCUGGAGCAGCCGCCCAAGUCCUCCACCUGCUGCGUCUCGUAACACCACCCUGAACUCUGGGCUUCAGCCGCUUCACCAGCACCACACCUGUCAUGUUCACCCGAGAGCUGAAUAAACCCUCUCUCUAGUGAUGUCUGGUUUGUGAUCGGACGGUAUCUGUCUCAGAUACAGCUAUUAGAAACUCUGGAAUCUGAGGGAGCCAAAAAAUUGAGAAAAUCACCUUUAAAUUCGCCCAAAUUAAGUUCUUAGCCGUGCAUAUUACUCAUUUACGACAUAUCUUUAUAGAGCAUGAUCUCUACUUGAUAUCUUAAUGAUUUUUGGCAUGUAUACGGUGUAUUGUUGUCUGUUUCCAGAAAUGAUUCUAGGAGCUCAGGGUGAAGCGUGUUUAUUAGUGAUUAUUGAUCUUAUUAAUAAAGAGUUUAUUGAGCAGCCAGCGUUCUGUUCAAGCACUUUAGCGUUUAGGCUUUAAAACAGAGCUGAAUGAGACAGAAUAUCUAGGGAUGAGGAAAGAAUGAAGAGCCAAAUGCUUUGCAGUCUUUCUUUUGACAUCCAUAAAGCUCAGUCGGUAAUAACGAAGUAAAAUGCGGAAAAGUAUUUAGGAUUUUUGUCUGUUUCCAGUCAAAACAUUCGACAAUUCUUAAAUUAAUAUGCAGUCAUUAGAUAAGCAAAAUGAUGCAAGAUUU